AUGGGAAUCUAUAUUUCUAAGCUUUUCAACAGUCUCGUUGGCUCCAAGGAGAUGCGUAUCUUGAUGGUGGGUCUUGACGGUGCCGGUAAGACCACCGUUUUGUACAAGCUAAAAUUGGGUGAGGUUGUUACUACAAUUCCAACCAUCGGUUUCAAUGUUGAGACCGUGGAAUACAAGAACAUUUCAUUCACAGUCUGGGAUGUCGGUGGACAAGACAAGAUCAGACCUUUGUGGAGACACUACUUCAGAAACACGGAAGGUAUUAUCUUCGUGGUUGACUCCAAUGACAGAUCGCGUAUCUCGGAGGCCAGAGAGGUGCUGCAAAGAAUGUUGAACGAGGACGAGAUCAGAAACGCCGCAUUGCUAGUUUUCGCCAACAAACAGGAUUUGCCAGAGGCCAUGUCUGCUGCCGAAAUUACCGAGAAGUUGGGUCUACAUUCGAUCAGACAACGUCCAUGGUUCAUCCAGGCCACUUGUGCUACUUCCGGUGAAGGUUUGUACGAAGGUUUGGAAUGGUUGAGCAACAGUUUGAAAAACCAAAACUAA